CACAACUGUCGCAUCUUCUCCCAUAUUCCACCCAUCACUCUUCAAGCCUUCGCAUAUUCGCGAUACUAAAAAAUUUAAUCUUCUAUCUUCUAAACGUAUUUCCUAAAUCGGCUUAGGGUCGAUUUGAAUCGAUUAAAAUUCAGUAGCGCAUCGCUUUUGCAUUAUCGCAAAACCGGUCGCAUCGUAUCCCAUCGUAUUCCUGCAAGAGUUCAAAGGCACAUUACACUACAGCCAAAACGCCAUACAUUAAACCGGUAUGUCCAUGGAUUAAUCAUUUCACGAAGCAUUAAUUUCAAACCAUCGUAUCGUCGAGCAUGUCGCACACGAUGGAGUGGACGGAGACCAAGACAAAACGCAAGCGGCGUAUUCGCAGAAUAACAAGACCUGAAGUCGGAUCUCUUUACGAUAUUCUUCACGACCAUGCAACCAAAGCCCUCUACGUCUCGCCGCUCGGUUGGACAGAUCUACACACACAAUUGCUCGGCUGUCAAUUUGUACCACAGCCUUCCCAAACUACACCUACACCAACACCAGGACCAUCCCAAUCACCAUCACAACCUGAGACAUCCGACUUAGUAGUGUCUAUUCGAAGAACCCUCAACAACCUGAUGGAUCCGUUUCAAUCUAAGCAGCCGACAGAUAAAUCUAUCCAGAGCCUGUUAACAUUAUUAUAUCCUGGAAAAUUAUCCGCGGUAAACCCAGACCUUAACAUCAGAUGCGGAGGCGGUCGCCUUUUAGGCAGUGUGCGUUGUCAAGCUGCGUGGAAGAAAUUGCAAGGUCCAUUUUCCUUCAACUCUGCCACAACAUGCACCUCAGGUGUUCAGGAACCCUCGGUAGGUCGGACUCCGAUGCAUAGCCCGGCAUUAGCAUUUCUCGAUCUUCAUACCAUAAACUUCGCUAGAAAGAGCUGCUUCCGAGUCCGUCCGUUACCCGACGGGUCCUUAAACGUGCCUAUCCACAGUUUACACAAGAUUCACACGUCAAAGUUGGUCCCCAAGAAUCCUGAUGAAGACCAGUAUAUUCUUGCUAUCAUGCUAGCAAUGGCUCAACGUCACGUGUAUCUAAAUUUCUACACGGGGUCUGGGUUUAAGUCUGAAGAUGUUGAAACUCGUGUCUUGGCAGUUUCCGAGCAAGACCAAACACUCAUCGUCUACAAGAGCAUCAUGCCGGGAGCAUUUCUCGGCAUGUUUGACGACCUUAGCAAGGCACCCCGAGGAGAUGCGAGAAUCACUAUUCACUACCAGAGAGUCCCGGUUUGGCCAAUUCUAGGUCUGAAGGAACGCCUGGGACAAGCUCUCGGCCAAGACUUGGUUGGCGAAAUCGACAUGGACAACAUCGAGACUUACCAGAGUGACCCAUCAUCUUCUCCUGAAGAUAUUCAAUUCGAUUCCCAAGAUAGCAUCGACGGUCUUGAUAAGAGUCUUGAGAAGGAGUUAUCAACCACUGCCCAGAAGCGCAGUCGGGGAAACGAGUUACUUGCUCGGCCUCACGUACUAGAGUCCUCGAAGCGCAAAAGACGCAUCUUUUCCGAUGUCAUGAAUAUGAGUUUCUCGGAGGAUCGUGAAUCCUCCGACUUCUCGGAAAACUUGAUGGUGAAGCGCAGGCACUUAGAGGAAGGUAGGGUUGGCGUAGUCCGAUGAGACAAUAUACUCCUUGGCUUUUUCAACGCGGUCAUGUGGGUAUAUGUAUGGGUCGCUAAAAAUGGAUAGGAAUGAACGAUAAGCAGACAAUGCUUAAGUCCCCAAAGGGGAAGAAGUCAUGAAUUAAAGAUGGGGUUUCAAACAAGGCAUAAGAAGUGAUAUCGACUUCAAGUGGGUUGCUAAUAUCGGGUUCAAAGAGGGGUUGGAGAGGUUUAUCCAACGACAUCGUGCAGGGGGGCAGAUGGGCUACUGGGGGUUUGCUGGUAACGACAGCAUAUUUAUUCGAUUCGGGGGGCUACUAUGACGCAAUGACAAUUAUUACGAUGAGGAACUUAGGGAAAUGGCUAUGGCUACGGCGUUAGCUUGAGGAGGGUAUACCCCAGUACUAUUAUUUUGGGCUUCUAUUCUUGUAACGCAUUCUACGAAUGGGAUAGGGCGUACAUGCUGCAUGAUUGCUGGCGACGCAUAACAACUUCGUUUUCUAGAAGAUGAGACGAUUCUGUCAACCUCGCGGCUAUAAUUUCUUCGGGCUCACUAUUCAUCGGUGAUUCACUUCUCGUGUUUAGGCUAGAUAUGAUGUUUGUUCGUCAUGAGUCUCAGCAACAAGUUGUAAUGAUAUACGACUCAACACCAUGUCACAUCUGUUGGGUUUAUGAGCAGAUUCAUGAGCACCUC